GCGGAGAACGUAAAACUAAAAGACUCAGCAAGCAGUCCUCAGUUCUGGAAUUAAGCUCCUACUGCAACUAUGUUAAACUGGACAAAGAUUGGUAGAAAUGGGAGGUGGCCUAGAGGAUUUUUCUUGGGAGAGGCAGGACCUUGAGGCUGGACUGUGACAGCAUCCUUAGGUUCUGAGGAUUAUGACUGAAGCAAGAGCUCUCUGGGCCUUCAGGGCUGGUGUUUGGGAUGCUGUAUCCUGCGUAUUACUCAUACAAAGCUGUGAAGACAAAAAAUGUGAAGGAAUAUGUUCGCUGGAUGAUGUAUUGGAUUGUGUUUGCUCUUUAUACAGUUACUGAAACAAUAACUGACCUAACAGUAUCUUGGUUUCCACUGUAUUAUGAAUUGAAGAUUGCUUUUGUCAUUUGGCUCCUUUCCCCAUAUACCAGAGGGGCAAGUUUAAUCUACAGGAAACUUCUCCAUCCUCUUCUUUCCUCUAAAGAAAGGGAGAUUGAUGAGUAUAUUGUGCAAGCCAAAGAAAGAGGCUAUGAGACCAUGGUGAAUUUCGGAAGGCAAGGGUUGAAUUUGGCAGCAACUGCUGCAGUGACAGCAGCUGUGAAGAGUCAAGGUGCAAUAACUGAGAAACUGAGAAGUUUUAGUAUGCAUGACUUGACUACUAUACAAGGAGAUGAGCCAGUGGGACAGAGACCUUAUCAAACACUUCCAGAAACAAAAAAGAAAAUCAGAGCGUCUGCAAGUGAAUCUUCAGGUUACAAAAUUCCUUUGGAAAAAAAUCCUGGAGAUGAUAAAACAGAUGAAGAGAUGGAGGGGACCCAUUCAGAAGAUGAGAUGUUUGCUGAGAGAGGCCUUCGAAGGUCUCAGAGCAUGAAAUCUGUGAAAACUAUUAAAGGCCGUAAAGAUAUACGAUACGGAUCACUGAAAUACAGAGUGAAGAAGAGACCUACAGUGUAUUUUUGAGUGUACUGCACAAUGCCUGCAAGACAAACUGCUGUAGUAUUACUUGACUUCAGUACAUCAAGUGUUUAAGAUCUGUCUGUAUAAUUCAUAUAACAAAUAUGUAUGAAUAGAUAUGGGAGGACUUGGUUUUAUGAGCCCGUUGGAUAAAGUAUUCCUUUGCUUUUCUGUAAUUGCUUAUUGGUCAGACAUAAAUCUGGCCAAGUUCUAGUAUGAAUUUCAGCACUCAUUAGAUAAGAAUUAAAUGAGUGACAGAAAAUAGCAUGGCUUUUUCCAGGGGUACUAACAGACCCAAAUAAUUGAAGUCCAAUUGAAGUAGCAGAAGCUGUAAGUAUUUGGAACUCAUGCUGUCAAACCUAGUAUCCCCUAGAUUACAGGGAAAGAUAGGAAUACUUUGAAUAUUUUUCUGAGCUACAGUUCCUGAGAAGGCCUCUAUGUAACUUAAAAAGGUACUGUUUAAAGGGCAGUGAAUGAAGGUGGGGAAGGAAAAGGAAAGACCAGAUAGAUCUAGUAUAUUCUUAAGAUCUUCUCUCAUCGUAUUUCCAAGCUUGAGAAACUUACAUAAUACUAAUGGGUGCAAACUGAGGGUACGUGUAGCACUUUAUGCAAAACUACAUAGUUUUGCACACUACUAACUUACAGCUGUACAUGUCAUUUUAGUGACUUUUUAGGUAGGUUAGAUUUUAUCUUUUGAACGCCAGCAAUUCAUGUAUUUCAUAGUCCUUAAAGUUAUCUUGAUUUGCUGAAGUACACCUAAGAUGCUGUAGAUAACAUUAAGUGUUAGAAGCAGUUAUCAUGUGCCUUUCUGUAUGUUACAGGGCUGUAGGGUAUUUUGUCUGUGGUGUUCCCCUCCCUGCCCCCUCCUCAGCUAGAGAGAGGUAAGGCUAUGGCUAGGUAUGGCUUUACAAAGUCAGUUUUUGGUUUAAAUUGUGGUAAGUGAAACUUGUAGCAAUUCCAGUGAUAGGCUGCUCAAAUCCCUGAGGCCUAUCAGCUGUGUAAUAGAAGUCAUGCUGACAUGAAGGCAUGUAUUAUAGACUAUUCAGGCCAUAGGUUGUUUUUGCUCUGGAUUACUUUAAGAAAAAAUAUAUAUAUAUAUAUAUAUAUGUGUGUGUGUGUAUAUAUAUAUAUUUAUAGUGUGAAUAUUUUAUAUCAUACAUGGAUUCUAAAAUUGGCUGUGUAGUAUUUUCUACUGCUGCUGGAGUUACUACUAAAAUAUUUACAUAUAAAUAGCUUUUUCUAACUGUCUUCUAACUGAUUGAGUCAGUCAUGCCACAAGCUAGUGUCCCAUGUCAUAAAUAUUUGCACGGUAAGAUUAACUUUGGAAUCUCAUUCAAGGCAGGGACUUGUCAAAAAUGACCUUUCGAGGUUCCUUUUGGUUCUAUUUUCUGUAACUUUCAGAGGUAGACUGAUUUUAAAUUUUCUAUGUGACCAUUGCUACUGUGGAUCGGGGGGAGAAAAGCCCCUACUCCUUGUAGAUAGUAUUUUACUACUUGGCAUUGGCAGACAUGGUGUUACUUUUCUUUACAGGAAAGUGGUAUGUGUUCCCUCUUAUCCUUGGAUCUUGGACGCUGAUCCUUACACCUUCCCCCAGAUAUGGCAGUCAGCCGCAAGUCUGAGCGCUUUUUAAACUUUUUCUUGAGGCUUGGGUCUGCUGCAGUUCUUUUUGUUUGUAUUUUUAUAGCUAUAACUUCACUGCUGGUCAGCUCUUAAUGGCCUGUGACUAUGGACUGGCAUCUGAAAUAGUCUUCUGCAGCCUCUCUUGGGCCAGGGUUUGAAUGGCAUGGAUGAAAAUACAGCUGGUCUGCAUUGGCAUCACACUACUGACUUGCUAUAGUAGACGUUUGUAAGUCAAGUGCAGAGUCCGGGACAAACUUAACAGUAUUGAUGAUACAGUGCUUUUAGUGUGCCAAGGGAAUUAAAUGCUUUAGUAAGACGUCGUAACGUUCCAUAUGUGACUAAAAGGCCAAAGGUUCUAUUCUUUUUCUACGAGAUGGAGUAACAUACCGGAAGAUAGAAAGACUGCUUUCUCCCAAACGACUAUGGCACAGAAAUGGUACCCUCUAACCAAAACUGUGGUUUGAUCUAGCUUUGUAAGGAGCUGGUGCCCAUUUGUAUUUGGGAAUUGGUACCUGCUGCUCUUACUUACUUUGCUAGUCUUACUGUCUGGUAUUGGAAGACACUGGGCAGGACCCAGUGUGCUUUUGUAGCCCAGUAGACUUUUACAGCACUGCAUUUCUGAUUUCUCUGUCCCUCUGCAUUGUGUACUGAGUUUUAUCCCUUCUUUGGUAGUAAAGCCGACUUGUGACAGAAAUCUUUGGGCUUUGGUGGAGGAGAUGUUGAUGGGGAAGGCAGCCUCCAUGGGGUGUGGUUCAUCACUUGCACUCCAGGAAUGAAUGCUUGUGCUUCCCAUGUGAUUCUCUGACUGUAAGAAACCUGUAGGUAGGGUAAGGCUGUGUCUGGGUGCUUUGGUGUGUAGGAAGCUAAGGAAGAAACAAGGCUUUUGUAUUUGCAUAUACUGCCUCCUUGAAAUUUAGAAUAAUCUAGGUUUUGGAUGGAAUCUCUUAAUUCCUUAUUCUCUACUUGAGCAUUCUUCUCGAGCACUUGCUGGUGCAUCUUGCAGUAACUCAUAAUAUUUGGCUUUUUUUGGUAAGCAUGGCAAUAAAAUUGUCAUCUCUUUAUAAGUCAGAAUCCUGUAUGAAGGAGCAGGGUAAGACCUUCUUUCAGAAUUACAUUCCUGUUACAGGUUCAUGUAGAUGCUGUUCCAGGGGCUGUAUUCCUUGCACACCUCAAGGACUCGAGAUCAUUUGGAGAGUUUAGGCUCCAGCACAACUGUGAUCAUUAAGUGGGAGUACAUCGGAGGCUGUUGCCUCUGACAAAUGUGACUUACUAAUUAAGUAGUGACAAAGGCUAAGUUAACACUUUUCUGUCAUGAUGCAAGCUUUAAAAUUCAUGGUUAACUCCACAAUUAAGGCUUUCCGAGGCAGUACAAUCACAGCAGUACAAGGUAUUUAACCACAUCUCUCAACUGAGUAGUAGCAGGCCAGUUUCAUGAGCCAGCUAGCAACUUUGUCAGUAAUAUUAUUUUGUUGUGAAGACAAAAUGCAAGAGGUCAAAACAUUAGUCUAAAAAUAUUUCAACCCUUAAACCACCUUUUUCUAUCACUCAUCUUUUUUUAGUGUAUUGUAUAUAGCUUAUUUCUCCAGAUCUGCUCCUUUGCUUUUCCUGUUCUAAGGCCACAUUGCGCAUCAGAACUACCAUAUUAUGGUAGGACAUGACUGACUUGGUUUGGAUUUAUUGCACAGGAAAUGUUACUGGAUGUGGCUUGCUGUAAAUUCACUGCACUAAUGAAUAGAUUCUAAUUUGUUUCCCCUCCCCCCUGCCCAAGGGCUCAACUUCUGGAAAGAUAAACUCUUCUUUUUCCUGAAACAUGCAUGAAACUGAGAAUGCUGGCAGUAUUAUUCAUUAUAAUUACUGCUUGUGUAUAAAUGUACUCAUGUGUUCUCAGCUGAUACUGUCUUAAGUGAUAAAACUUUGUUUUCUUAGCUCAGUUUAAUUUCAGUUUAAUGUCCUACUGUAAAGCUUUUCCCUGACGGUUUGAUUUUUUUGUUGUUGUUGUUUGUUUUCCCUGUAACUGGUUCACUCUUAUCUCAAUUUUUUUCCUUGCUGUUCAUUGUCAGCGGAUGUUUGACAGGGCACAAUGGCAUGACUUGCUUUCAUGCAAAUGGUAUAUAUUUCUCUCUGCUUGUUGGAUUUUAGUUGACUUUGUUUUUAAAAUAUUAUGCACUCUUUUAAACUUUGUCUGUAGGCAAUACGCAAAAUUUUUUGCCUUAGCAACUGCAGAAGUGAUUUAUGUAACUCUUGCCAGUAAACUUUUCAGAAAAAUGUUAGGUCAAAUUUUGAUUUUUGUUUAACUUUAUUUUGGUUUUUGGAAGUUAAAAAUACAUAGUUCGUGUCAAAUUAUGUAAUCUUAUGAGUGAAGCAUUUCCUGAGAACUGACUGACUGCCACCGACAGAACUGGUAAUACAGUUAGAGAAUAAAAACUUACAUAGAGGUUACAUGUACUUAAAAGUAGAACGUGCAUUUCUUCCUAAAUCAUGUGAUGGUUUCAAGCCUUUCCAAAAAGUGUCUGAAAAGACUCUUAAUUUCUCAGCAAGCGCCUGCUGUACACGUCAAAAUAUACAGUUUGCAUUAAAUUGAUGGUCUUGACUGCAAGUAAAGGCCAGACUCUGAUUACAAAGUAAUUGCCAAUAUUAGCUACUUAAUGCUAAUUAUUUUCCUACCUGAAAGUAACUGAAUAUUAUGCCAGAUAUUUUUUGUGAAUUAUGAUGAAUUUUAAAAUGAGCAGAAGGCAAUUAGGUUAAAGAGAAUGAAGUAAAUACUAGAUGUGGUUAACGUUUAUUGUUCAUGACAAAAGAUGCAUUUUAUUUUUUGGUGUUGCUUUUAUCAAUGGGAAGCUGGUAUUUUUAAGUUUUGUUUUUUUUUUUUUACAGAAAUGUGUGUGUGUAAAGGCAGUACUUUUAACACUUUUCAAGGACUCCUGUUUUUAAAUACUACAGACCAGAGACUGUCUGUGUUGAGACUAAAAUUAGCUUUAAAAAAAAUGCAAUGUGAGCUUUAAUUUUUAUAUUGUAACAAUAACUUGCUGUCAACUUGUUUACAUAUUUGUAGGAGGGAAAGCUUCAUUAUGCAUUGACUUAUCUUGAUUCUGUCUUUAAUAAAUGCUGCUUUGAGCAGAA